AAGCCAAAGAGUAUUGUACAUGGCAAUUUGUUGUUGUUUUGUCAUAGGUUAUGAAUAGCGAUGAAUAGUAGUACUUUGCCGUCUGUGCGGUUAUGAAGUUAUAAUAAAGUGUCAUUACCAGUAUGGAAAAAGACAGGUUCUCGUUACUUUUGUUGGAACCUGCAGAAAUAUACUUUGAAGAUUUCAGUGCCUUUUUGUUCCCACUUGAUGUAAACAAACAUGACUUUGAGAAAAAGAAACAGAUUGGACGACUCAAAAUGUGUUCAAAGUCGAUAGUGUUUGAUCCUAAAGACAUGGAGAAACCACUUAUAAAAAUUCCUCUGAAGGAGUGUAUGAAGAUAUCACAGUGGGAUGGAGAACUUGCAACCAAAAUAACUCCAAAAAAUAAUGUUGUUGCUGUGGACUGCAAACAGUAUGUGGAGAUGUUGGCAGGAAAUGUGCUCGCUCCAUAUUCAUUUGUAGCUGAAAAACACAGCUUUCUUUUCCUGUUAAAUUAUGCCCAUGUUGCUGACUGCCUUCCGCAGAUAUGUCAACUUCACCGUGCAGCGACUUUACCAGCAGCUGAGCAGAACAGCAUGAUAGCUGCUAUUGUAUAUUCUCGGCAGAAUCGUGUCAGUUUCGACACACUGUGGUUGGAAGACCUGUAUGAAAAGGUGAUCCUGGAGACUCAAGGAAGCAAAAUUACACCUCUUGUAGUGAACCCUGGGAGAAUUCUGCUCACAUCAUCAAGGCUUUACUUUCAGCCUUACAACAAUGUAGAAUCUUACCCAGUGUUGAAGAUUCGCCUUCCAGAUAUCAAAAGAAUUGUGCAGAGGAGAUUUCUUUUGAGGCAAGUGGGUCUGGAAAUAUACUGUGAAAGCAAUAGCCAAGUGACCCAUCUGUAUUUAUCAUUGAAAUCUGAAGCAGAAAGAGAUGCACUGUACCAGGGACUUUUGGACCAACCUUCUGUGCACCUGGAGAACACAGAGCAGGAGAUGAUGACCCUGCAGUGGCAAAAUGGAGUAUUGUCUAAUUAUGAUUAUUUGUUGUAUUUGAACAGUAUGGCUGACAGAACAUUCAGUGAUCUAACUCAGUAUCCAGUUUUUCCAUGGGUGAUACAAGAUUACUCGUCUCUGAAGCUGAAUUUGGAUGAUUCUAAGUCAUACAGGGACCUCAGUAAACCCAUUGGAGCUCUGAAUGAGGUUCGUCUAGCCAGAUUAAAGGAGCGCUGUGAAGAAAUGUCUCCUCCAAAGUUUUUGUAUGGUUCCCACUAUUCGGCACCAGGGUUUGUCCUGUUCUAUCUUGUGAGGAAGUAUCCACACUAUAUGCUCUGUCUUCAGAAUGGAAGGUUUGACCAUCCUGAUCGUAUGUUUAACAGUGUUCCUGAUGUCUGGAAGAAUGUCAUGACAAAUAUGUCAGAUUUCAAGGAAGUGAUUCCAGCAUUCUAUGAUACCGAAGGAGUUGGAGACUUUUUGGUUAACACAUAUGGAAUUAACUUUGGGUACAGACAUGAUGGUACUAAGAAUGGAGAUGUACAGCUCCCCCCUUGGGCUACUGGGCCACAGGAUUUUGUGAAAAAGCUUCGAGAUGCCUUGGAAUCUGAUCAUGUGUCCAAUAUGUUGCACCAUUGGAUAGAUCUCAUUUUUGGUUACAAACAAACUGGAAGUGAGGCAAAAAAGGCUGAUAAUUUGUUUUAUUACCUUUGUUAUGAGGGUGCUGUAGAUCUUGAUUCUAUACAUGAUCUCAAUCAGCGGCAUGCUUUAGAAGUGCAGAUUAUGGAAUUUGGUCAAAUUCCAAAACAGAUAUUCACACUGCCACACCCACAGAGACGAACUGGUAUCCCAGCUUUGAUGCCAACAGGAGGUGAUGGUUCUGCUGCUUCAUCAGAGAUGGAUGAAAGAAGCACAUUGCAAGAGAGAGUACACAGUGUGUCGUGUUUCCCUGUGUGGCAUAGCUUCAGCACAUUGAAGAAUAUUGCCCCAUUUCAGACCCACAAAGAAGCAGUGACUGCAGUGGCUGUUGCUGGAAACAAGCAAUUUGUGGUAUCAGUGGGACAGGACUCUCUUCUCAAAAUGUAUUCCAUUUCAGAAAAAAGGCAGGUGCGCAGUGUAACGCUGUCUUCCAUGGCAUUAUCAUCAUGCAUCAUUAUGCCUGAUGAUAAGUCUCUCAUAAUAGGAUCCUGGGACAAUAACAUCAUUCUGUAUAAUAUGGAGUUUGGGAGAGAAAUGGAUUCUGUUCGAGGUCAUGAAGAUGCAGUGUCAUGUCUUGCUUGGGGCAACAAGAACCAAAUUCUAGUGUCUGGAUCCUGGGACUGUUCAGUACGAGUAUGGCAAGGAAUGGCCGAGGGGCGACGGAUCAAACCUUCAUCAUCCUUAAUAGCUCAGUUUGAUCAUGAUGCACAUAUAAGUUGCCUUUCAGUGACCAGGACAUAAUGAUACAGUGUAUGCAGCAAGCUUUAGUCCAGAUGGUAACAAAUUGGUGUCAUGUGGUAAGGAUAAAGCUUUCAAGGUUUUUGACCUGGCCUCUGGGAUGCAAGUGUAUACCAAGACACUUGAUGAAGAAUUAAGGUGCCUUUGUUGGGAUGGCUUGACUCUGAUACUUGGAGGAAGCUGUGGAAGUCUGUACAUAUGGGACUUGGUCCAAGUGAAACUACUGAAACAGUUACCAGCUCAUGUUGGAGCAGUGACUGCAGUUGCUGUGUCUGAUGAUGGCACUCUGGUUGUAUCAGGUGGUGAAGAUCGUUGUGUUAUAAUCUGGGAGCCAUCCUCUGAGAGCUGAACUGCAUGUAACUUCUACCUGAAGCAGUAUUGAUAUGCAAGCAAUUUAUAAACUUGAAGAGUUAUGUGCUUUGUUAUUGAACAUUGUCUUCCUGUUGUCAUAAAUUGGUGAUAUAUUAUUAGUAAAGUAACAGCACUUCUCAGGAGGUCUUCUUUUAGUAUCGGGCUUAAAACUGUGCGUGCAUAGCAUCACCUUUUUAUUGCAUAGUACAUGAAAUGAAAUGAAGUAUGUUCAGUACACAUUUAAAGAUAUAAUAAGUGAAGUGCAUGAAAAGAAAUUAAACAUGUGGAAGAUGUCAACAGUCAAAAAUCUUAAAAGACUGGAGAUUAGUGGAAUUUUAUACUUAAUGGGAACAUUUCCCCAUUGAUAUCAUUGAGAAAUUUAAAAUAUUAAUACAAGACUCUUAUUUGCCAUAGGCUACCUAAUUGCAGAAAAGGUCAUUCCUUGCCAAAAUAAAUAAGAAUAUAACUCAAAAUGGGAUUGUUUGGACAAGAGAAUAAGUUCAUAUAAGGAUUUAUUACAAUAAAUGAGAAUAAAACUCGUGUAUACUCAGGCAGCAGUGUCUUUGUUAAUGUGGGACAGCUUAUGAGCUGAGGUGUACUAAUUAAGGAACUGUCUGGAGAGGGUCUGUAGUCAGUUCUAAGUAUUGUGUUGCUCAAGAAGUAAUGAUAUUGACCAUAUCAGUGAAGAGUUCGUGACAGUCCUGACAGAAAGAUCAAAAUGUACCAAAUUGUACAAAUUGUAAACUCCAAUUUAAUAUGUUUGUGUUUAUUUCUUAAUAUGGAAAUUUCUCACCAACCAUAAUUCACUAUACAUGCAUUUAAAGUAUUUGUGAUUUCCCAUUUGUGUCUAGGAUUGUAAACAUGUACUUGAUUUUAUAUAGCCUUUGUGGUCAGACAAAGUGUAUCUCUUUUUAUUUAAAAAAUUGAGGAAAUCAAUUAGGAUCUCCUUCAAAAUAGUUCCCUUCUGAGCUGUAUACGAUGCUGCCAACGUUCAAAGCAAUUCUGCAGAUCACUUUCUGAAAGGCUGUUGAGGAUCUCUGUCGUUUUUGCUUUCACAUCUUCUACUGGCAAAAAAUGGGUUCCUUUGAGCACUGACUUGAUUUUUGGGAAGAUAUAGAAGUCGCAGGGAGCCAAGUCUGGCGAAUAAGGUGGGUACUUGAGCACAAUGAUGUUGUGAAAUGAUAGUUUGGAGAAGAAAA